AUCCGUAUUCGGAAUGUGAAACGGUGCCUUUUCGAUUCUGGGUUGAGUGUGAAAAUCGUGCGAAGUGUCCUCGCCGAAGGUGUGGAAAUUGAAGGUGAAAAUCGGAGGCUUUGUGUUGUGCCGUCAUGGUUCAACAGAGGCUGGUGCUAGGGGGUGAUGGAAUAGGGGGCAGCUUGGCUGGUUAUAUCAGUGUUAUCAAUGAAAGAUUACUCAAUGGAUUAAAAGCGACGCAGAGGAAACCUUCUGAGUCAUUCUAAGAGGAAAUUUAAUUUGUAAACUUGAGAUAAUCUCAAUACUUCGGUUUCCAACUCGUUUUCCUCCCUUGAAGCUGCCAGUGUACUGUCUUGAGUGAUUGCGAGUUUUCCUCUAUCAAGAAGAACAAGAAUGCGAGAGAGUUUGUUCUAACAGUGAUUGAUUCGACGUGAAAAGUGGUGCCUUGCCCUGCUGUAACAGUGACGAUAAAGAAAUAAAAGGACCCCGUACUGGGAGGGGGUGGAGGACCACCAAUCACACAAAGAACAACAUCAACAACAAGAACAGGAUGGCAUCGCUCAAGGAUUGGGACAUUAUCAAACUGAGCACACUGAUUACGAAUGUGGAUGCCAAGUUAUCGGCAAGCACACGGACCGAUCGGGAUUAUCAGGUCCUGUGCCUGGUGCGACGGAACGAUCAGAUUCUGUUCCGGUACAUCGAUGGGAGCGGGGAGGUGCACCUGAUGCUGCUGUGCUGGUUUGCCGAGAAUCAAAAGUGCAUUCAGGACGUGUGCUUCGAUAGUAGCGAGCAGUGGCUGCUGGUUUUCUGUUACGACAACACGCUACACAUCGUCCCGGCUCUUUCCAUCUGCGACAAAUCGGCCCAGGUAGAGCCCACCUUCAAUCGGGAUGAGAUCACAUCCUUCAUCGUACCGUUCAUCGGUCCCCACGAAUGUCCCAAUCCACAAACCUGCCCCAACAAUUCGCACAACGUGUCGUCCUCGACCGUUCAGUCGCACCGUUCGUCGAUCGCGUCGGAAGCGAGCACCAGAUCUAGCAUAUCGGGUUCGGAACUUGGGUUGAAAAGGUCCGAGUCAAUGCACACAACGCACAAAAUCGACGAGAUCUUCUCGCUGAAUAGCAUCUACAGUCAGCUUCAGGGAGGCGCGGAGCAGUCGACUACCUCGCAGGAUCACCCGAUCACUCCGAUCGCGAUGAAGACCAUCGAGAACUUUUUCGCCGAAGGAAGGGACGACAAAGCAGGAGGGAUAGAUACCAAGGCAUCCACUCCGCAAGAGUGCUUCAGCCACACGAUCAGCUCCAGUAUUGAAUCGACGGUGUCCGGAUCGUGUCCCUAUCCGACGUGUUGUAGUUGGUGGGAAACCUUGACUAACGAACCGCGAGCGAUUCUGGGGUAUUCGGAUGGAUCGAUUUGCGUGGUGGCGUUGACGCCGAAUUGCCCAUUCCUGGGGAAUACGAACUGCGAGCGGGGGUCCAUUGAAAAGUUGAUCAUUUGUCAGGAUAACAGUAUGGAGACGAUCAGUCUGAUGAUAAAUACCUCGACCCGGGAGCAGUGGAAGCUGCUGCUGGAGCAGAAGUCCAUUAAGUACACGUUUCCAGGGGAUAUCUCUCCGAGUUCUAGUCAAGAGUUGAAGGCGGAGAUGUUGAAGUCUUUGGGAGAGGGGGGAGAGAAGCCGGAUUCGGCCGUGUUGGAGGACUGGCAGAUUGUGCUUUCGCUACCGAAGGAGGGAUCGGGAGGGGAACAGACAGCGGACAGUGGCGGAGAAAAAGGCUCCCCGAGUGGGUCCGAACCGCAGUCCAGUGACGACUUUGAGAAGGUUGAAGGUGAGGGUUCUACGGAGGAUGGAAAAACGGAUCAACAGGGAGCGUUGCCAAAAUUGUUUCCCGCUGCCAGGGCAAGACUUAUGUCCUUGAGGGACCUUGGAGCGAAGAAGAUCGGAACUUUGAAGCUUAAGCUCUCGGAAAGUCGUAUCAAAGCCAAAGAAAAAGAAAGGAUCAAGGAGCAAGCGGCGAACUUGGCCGUAAUGGAACUUCCCGGGAUGUACCCGGAGAUUCUAACUACACCGGCUGGGCCGUACUUUGUAGUUCAGUACUUGAACGGAAAAUACUUGCUGAGUGCGCUGCACUCGUAUUCGGACACCCUGUCGGUUCACAGCAUGGACAUCAGCUUGAUUCCGUUGCACAUCUUCAAAGUGCCGAAACAGUGUCGAUCGACGGUUCUGACCAGGAACGUCAUCUACGUAACGCAUCAUCUUAGUCUGGGGUCGGAGAGAACUACGGAGAGCACAAAUUCAUCGCCGGAUGCCAACCCGGAGGCAGUCGGCGAGCUUACGGAUCAACCUCGGCGGAAUACGGACAGUAGCAUCGAGAAUCUAGGUAGCAGCCGAAGUCAGACGCAGGACGAGGAUGUAUCAACGGAGACUACCAAUUCGGGAACGGUGAACGCCGUAUCGGUAGUGAGCUGCCAAAUAGCUGCGGUCAAGAUGGGAGACGACUGUGACUUCAACGAUCACGCCAUGCUAGGGUUGUUCCAAUUUCCGGACGAGAAGAUCUUGGAAAUUCAUCGGAUUAGUCCGUUGGGAGAUGGUAGCGAAACCAAAGAUCCGGACGAUCUGCGAUUCAACGCCCAGGACGAACCCGGUGAUGUCCGAUCCAUCUUCCAGAAGUCCACGGUUUCCAACUAUCUGAAGAUGCAGCGUAAUCUUCGGAUGGACAAGAAGCUGGAGACCCAUGAAAGUCAGGUGAUGAUCGGCGAGUUUCCUAGGGUGGAAUUCGACAGGGCGGUGAUCGUCACGGACAAAAACCUGUACCAGCUAGAGCUGAACGAUACGGCACGGAACUUGUUCCUGAAGUUGGCGCACAAAUCCUUGUGGGCAGCUUGUGAGGACUUCUGCACCACUUUUGGGCUUCCGCUGGCAACCUGUGUGGAAUACGCGGGGGAUGUUCUGCUGAAGCGGAGAAAGAUCACCGAAGCCUUGAUGACCUACAACGUGGCCCGGCUUUCACCGAUGAAGACAGCCCUCAAGCUGGCCAGCGUAAACGAGAACGUAGCGCUGAUGAAGCUGUGCUCGAUGGCGCUACGUAAUUCACACAUCAUCAACAGUCAGUACGUGAUGCACGAUGUGAUGCGCAUCCUGGUGGACGAGGCCCACCUGGGGAAUGUGGUUUACGAUUCGCUGAUGAAUCUUAAUGCCAAGGUCUCCCUGAAGCCAAUCAACGCCGGUGCCCAGUGCAGCGACUUCUCCUAUGAAAACGAUGACGUCUCGUGGGAUGUUCAGAUCUCAACCACGGCCCAGUUUCAUCUUUCCAAUCUGAUGCUUCUGACCCUGUGCGAACGAUGCGUUCAGGAUAAAAACUAUAUCCCGUUGUGGAACUUUAUUGUUACCAAUAGCAAAUACCACACCAGUCUGGCUUGCAUUGUCCUCGCUCACGGGAAGCUGUAUUCCUCAGUGGUCCUGUUGGCAAUGGUCCGCGGUACUUGUCUGGACGUGUUUAGCUGUCUGAUCGGUAUCUGGGAGCAACUGGCCGACCAACCUGCGGAAAUUAACGCCUAUGUCUACAAUCUCUCCAACGAGCUUUUCAUGGAAAGUUUAAUCUACCUGCAGGAAUACACCAUGGAGUACUUCGAGAUGAUCCGCAAGUGCUUGGAGAAGUUCGACAUCAACGUCCUGGAGCGGCUCAUCCGCCAGCUGAACCCGUUCCAUCCGAUCUACAGGCCACUGAUGCACAAACUGUCCAAUCACGACAGUAGUUCCGGUCGGGAACUGGACAAACACCUCCUACUGUUCUGCAAAUCCCUCAUUGAGACCUUCCUGGCCGUUUCGAUCCGCUCGCAAAUGCUCAAAAUGCACAACAGUAGUUUCCUGAACGCGCUGAAACACGUUCGGGUCCACUACGACGAAAAACCGGUCGAGAUGCGCCUGAAGCAGUACUCUCCCUUGUCGGCUGGGUUCUCGCACGCUGGAUGUGUAAUGAAUCGGAUUGCCUAUCUGUGGGGUUCCAACGGGGUCAACUGUGCGCUCAGUAGGACUUCACUUCAGGGUGAUCCUCUGGCACCGAACGGUUCUCCGCCGACGGCGUUCUUCCUGAAGCAGUUGGACCUGGAGGUGCUGGCGGUGCAGUGCGGACGGUUGCAUACGCUUCUGUUGACCAGCAAUGGGGUUUAUUCGAUGGGUGCCAACAACCUGGGCCAGUUGGGCAUCGGGAACCAUGUGCUGAACGCCUUACAGCCAAUGUUUGUGCAAUCCCUGGAUGGGAAGAACAUAACGCACAUUUGCACCGGACAGUACCAUAAUGCCGUCGUGGCCAACGGAUUGAUGUACACUUGGGGAUGGGGUAUCUUCGGUCAACUGGGACACGGAUCCGUUGCAGAUUGUCCCAAGCCUAAGGUCGUGGACUUUUUCCGCAAAAAGAACAUACAACAGAUUGCUCUGGGUCACGCCCACACCUUGGUUCUCUGUCGACAGGAUUGCAACACCAAAAAUGUCCUGUACGUGUUCGGGUCCAACCACUACGGCCAGUUGGGGUUGGGCCAGGAGGACAAGUUCAACUUCACCGUCGAUACGCGCAACGGCAAAUCGUUUGUCCUGUCGUUGAUCCCUCGUCGAGUGGAUUUCGACGAGGAGGUCCUCCUCAUCAACACCAAGCUGUUUGUUAACUUGGUCCUCACCAAGAGCAACAACCUGUACACUUGGGGUGCAUCGCCGCAGGCUCUCCGUCUGGCGAAUCAAGCUCGCAAGCGGGCAAAGUCAUCGCACAAAUGUCGACCGAACGUGAUGGCGCAAUCUGCCCCGGCGGGCCCAUCAACCAGUCCAGCUUCAGCUCCAGCUGCGGAUCGGGAAGCCAAGCCGGACGGUGCGGAACCGGAAGCGCCGAAAUCGCCGAACGCCCCCGAGGAACCGAAAGAAGAGCAACAACCAAAGACGAGCGAAGAGGAACAACAACCGAUCGAAGCGGCGGUAGUGGAGGAGCCACCGAAGACACCGGACGGUGGUCCCAUUCCGGAUAUCAAAAUUGAAGAUACCUGUGCCGGGGAAGAGUCAAAGACACCCGACGGCGAUGAGAAAGCAGCCACUCCGGGAGAGGAGUUUGCCGAGCAUCUGUUUCCCUGUUUGGUCGAUACGACGCUCGUACAGGAUGAUAUCGUGCGGAUCUCCAGCGGUCUGUACCACUUCGCCCUGGUCACGUCACGAUCGCACAUCUACACCUGGGGCAAAAACAUUGAGCGGCAGCUGGGCCGGGAAGGCGGUCGCAACGAAGUCCUAAUCCCAACCAAGCUGGACACCGUUGCGGGAGUUGAAUACGUAGAGUGCGGUGCCGAUUUCACCCUUAUCAUGACCGAGGAUGGCGUGGUAAAAUCCUGGGGCAACAACAACAUGGGCCAAUGUGCCAAGGAGAUCAACCAGGAACGUAGUGGCGUUCCGGGGAAGCUGGUGAGGCUGCCGAUCUCCAACCGGUUGGUGCGAAUUCCGGACAGUUCGCAGUUCAUCGAACUGCCGCACGAGAUCAAGCUACCUCCCAGCGAUGGAAGUCACGAACCGGGCCACCAGAUGCUGCGGCUGAUCAAAUCGAUGCCCAAGUUCCGGCGGAACUUUGUGGUGAAGAGCAGUUUGGAGAAGAUCAUUAGCAAUAAUAUAUCAACAAUCAGCUCCAGUUUGAACGAUGUUAGCAAUACGACCGAGAUGGACGAUUUUGUCGGAGAGUUGAAAACGGCGUUCGACUGCCGGAUUCAGAACCAGAACGCUAGUACGAUGUCCUCGCUGCAGUCGGUGUCGUACGCUACGUCACCUACGUCGAUGGCUAUCGACGACGACGAGGAUGACGAAGGUUUGGAAGAUAUGGACCAAGAUGAGGGAAGCUCGGAAUCGUCGCGGAUUUUCAACGAACGCCAUCUGCUGAGCAACGAUUUCAUCCAUUACUGUUUGUACAUUUUCCACGGGCUGUAUAGCCAGGACAACAUCCUGGAGUUGACCAAGCGCUGUAACGAGUACCACAUUCGGAUGAUGAUGUUGAACUACGAUUACGUGGAGGCGUUCCACCUGAUUCUGGAGCUUUUGUCCGGAUCGCUGUCCUCGUCGGCCUCCCCGGUCACAGUCGCCAAAACCACCAUGAACUUGGUCAAAAUCUUCGAAUACUUCACCAAAGACUCCAACAUCAUCCCGAUGGAUACGGCCAACUUCAAGUACUUUAUAUACGAGCUGUUCAUGUUCUUCAUCAAGCACAAUAUCAACCUGGACGUCCUGGAGGAGUACUUCCUGCGUAAUCUGGAGUACUACCUGGUUCAGCUGGCCUUCGUUCUGUACUUCAGCAAUACCAACAAUAUCUCGGCGGGCCUCCGAGGCAACGUGGACAGCGAAACGCUGGAAAUGGAGCGCCGUCUGCUGGACAAGUUCAACAACAAUGGUAACAACCUGCUGGCGGCGGCGGAAGCUUUCGGGCCGAGCUCGCCACAAUCCGCGGGCAAGGUGGUGCGGAAGCUGGAAAACACCGACACCAUCAGCAAAGCCCUGUCGACCAAGUUCAGCGUGAUGCUGUGCCAGAAGCUGAUGGAAUACUUUGACCGGUUCAAAUGACUGCAGAUUUUCGAUGACGCGGAGGACGACGAAGACGAGAACCGGCGCGAACGGUCCCGUUAGAUUUCUAUAUUUUCUAGUUUUUGUUUUGUAUUGUGCAAACCGAGUCAAAGUUUUUCGAUUUUAUUUAUUGAUAACAUUGUAAAUCAAAGUACUUACCGAGACAUCACACUUUUCGUGUUGUGUAGAUAGCUUUUUAUAGGUUUUUUUUAUAUAUUGAUAUACCUCUAGGGAAUAGCUUGCUUAUUAUAUAUUUAUUGAGCAAAAUAUUGUGCGUGUGAUGUUGUAUUCUCCUAAAUCAAUUGUUAGCGAUAUUUAUUGACGAUAAUAAUAAUAUAUUCGAUCGAUCUGUUUGAUACAAAGGUCUGAAACUAAAGCUGUGUGCGCGUGAGAGCAAAAAAAAAACACAAAAUCGGAGGAAGGUAGUCGGUUUAGUUUCAGUGAAGUUUCGUGGAACAAAAUGAAAGACUGAAAAUUUUACCGGACUGACGACCACUACUAACGAAUGAACUAACAUCACUAACUGUCUAGGAAACUAUCUUUUUUACGUGCACUGAAGCAGUUUAGCCCAGUGGGAAAUAAUGAUAAUUAGAGUUCUUACGCUUUGAAGUAUA